UUGCUUCUUCCUCUUACAGCUGCAACUGCUGACACAAAGCCAUCUGCUUCAGUAAGCGUCCGACCGAAAGAAGGUCAAGACCUAAAAGGAACAGCCGCUGUUGUCGGCGGUCUUGAUGAGGACUCCGAGUCUUUCAACCGGAGUACAAGCCAGCAUCCGGCCAAGUUCUCCAGUCAAACAGGGGAGCUUGAGUCAGCCCGAAAUUCCGGUCAAGAUGACAACAACAGGGCUUCGAGCAGCCAAUCUGAGAGUGUGGUCAAUCCUCUACAUAUAGUUCGCCAGACCUGCCCAAUAUUAACUGGGGCAGUCAACGGAAGAGUGAAUGUUUCGGCUGCAGUCUCAUCUUCGAGUAGCUACAACAAGAGCAAUCGUCAAGCCAAUUACAGUGCAACAAACAGGCCCGACAGCACUUCCUCCUCACAAAAAUACGGUCCUAGAUCCUCUCAGUGUCUAGAAGUACCAUCCAGCAGCUCCGUUCACGAAGUCACCUCCGACAGUAGAGACGUUGGCAGCAAGCCAGACCAUCCGACUUGUGGGAAACAAGCUUCUUCUGUGUUCGCUGAAGCUGGGUGCAGAAGAUCGGCUUCCUUUCGAAUCAGCUCAGCGAGUCAACUUAUCUCUCCACCUCCAGCUUCGUCUGUAUCAACCUUUACUGCCGAUACUCUUCCGACAAAAAAGUUCUCCACCCUCGCACGAAUCGGGUGUGUCGGGUCGACGACUGCAGUAGCCGCUGCCGCUGUCGCGGCCAGUCGGAGAGCUGGAAUUGGGGACUUUGGAAGGCAGACAUCCUUUCAAAAGGGCCCUUUCGAGGCCAGAACUGACUGUCCGAAUGAAACACUUCCUCCAACGCCCAGCCCUCCUUCGGUUGCCUACGAAACUGGCAAGCCACAUGGGCCGGAAAUAGUUGUUCACCAACUCUCCGGAGCGGCUAACCAAGCCAGUGCAGUUAGUUCAAGUGGAAUUAGCCAGAUUUCGAAAAAUCUCUGGGCAAGUUGA